CAUAAAUUAGCUCAUUACAGAUGAAUUCUAUUGAUCAGUCUUCUGAUAAUCAUUGCCAUCUGACAGAAAUGUCUCUAAUCAGUUAAACCAUCACUUUAACAACUUGUAUGCAUGUGAGGAAGCAGAUUUAUGAUAGCUGUGGUCAGGUCCAGGCAGGCCAGCGUUUUGAACGCCAGGUUUGUGCUCUUGUUGCUCCUCAGGUGGCUCCUUCCAGACACAGCUCUGUUUUUCUCUGAGGCUCCCUAUCUCGGGAAAAAGCAAGUUUGAAGUCUGCCUAAACUCGAAAGAGUGAGGCUUCUAAGCUGAACACAGAAGUGGGAGGAUCGCGGAGCGUUUUAGCCUCUCGUUGCCAGCAUAUAUGUACAGACUGGACAGCGGGAAGUGGAUUGGUUGAAGAACUGAAACUGAGGCUGCCCACAAGUUUCCUGCUGCGUAUUUUUUCUCUGCAAGAAACCCUCAAACCUGUUCACUUGAAAGCUGUUUUGCUUUUUUACCACUUCAGGAGAAGUUGACCAGCGCCUUCAGAAGAAAAUCUGUUAAAUUCACAGGAAACAUGGUGCGUAAUCAAUAAGUCGCUGUCUUUGGCCGACACGAUAAUGACUGAAACGCCAUGGUCGGCUUUAAAUGCACGUCCUUCUUGAUGACCUUGACUGAAAAGCUCAAAAGAUGACGAUGUCCCCUCCUGCAAGACCAGAGGGCAUGACUCUGGCUCAGCCCAUCCCCGUCCCAAUGCUGACCGUCCUCCCGCCGUCCUCGGACACAGAGUCCUGGUCUUGUUCGCCUAGUCCCAGACCCCUGCGCUCUGACCAACUCCGUGGCUCCCGCCGUAGUAGGACCAGAACCAAAAGGCGGAAACAGGAAGAGCAAGGCUGCGCUUAUAAGCCGCAAUGGGGCAAAUCUCCACAAAUCGUGAUAGAGGAGUCCACGGAGAGGGGAGCUGUUCGACAUCGGAGCCCCUCGCCCUCUUUGGUUACUGAGAUGGGGACAGCAAAGCAAGGUCGGGACAGUCCGUCACAUGACCUCCUCGUACCGCCGUCUCGUUCCUGGUCUCGUAGUCCGUCACCCAGCCGCCGCUCUCGUUGGUCCCUCAGGAGCCUGCUCGGCAGGGACUCUGACGGGGACCGCUGCAGUACGGCCAGUAACUCUCCACGCAGCACCCCCGGCAGCUCUCCCUCCCUGCGGCGCAGGGUCCUCGGGGGAGGCAGGGCCAGUGAGAAUGAGGCUGGAGGUGAGAAGAGCAGCAGUGGAGGUGGAGGAGGUGCUGGUUCGGACGGUGCGCUCCCCUCCAUACCCUCUGCCUCCUCCCUCUCAUCUGCCUACCCAAUCGCCUCUCGCCACUUCAGCCGCAAUGCCAAGAAAAUGCAGAGCUGGUACAACGUUCUCAGCCCCACGUACAAACAGCGGAACGAAGAUUUUCGUAAAAUCUUCAAGAAACUUCCUGACUCAGAGCGACUUAUAGUGGACUACUCCUGCGCUCUGCAGAAGGAUAUUCUGCUUCAGGGACGCCUUUAUCUGUCAGAGAACUGGCUGUGUUUCUACAGUAACAUCUUCCGCUGGGAAACCACUAUCACCAUCCUGCUGAAGGACGUUACCUCUAUGACCAAGGAGAAGACUGCCAAGCUCAUCCCAAAUGCCAUCCAGAUCAGCACUGACAACGAGAAGCAUUUCUUCACAUCUUUUGGCGCAAGAGAUCGCAGCUACAUGAUGAUUUUCCGCCUGUGGCAGAACGCACUGCUGGACAAGUCUCUGUCCCCCAAAGAGCUGUGGCACAUCGUGCACCAGUGCUACGGCACUGAGCUGGGCCUCACGAGCGAAGACGACGACUACGUCUCCCCCACCGCUGAACACAUGAACGGCCUGCUGCCGGGAGAGGAGUCGGGGUCGGUCACAGAUCUGUUGGACCUGAGCUCAGGAUCUGUUCCCUCCGCGGGCAGCUCUCCGCCUCCGCUGGUGCCGUGCAGUUUAAGCAGUCCUCCUUCAGCUGCCAGCCUCAGCGGAUCCUCUCCGCCCUCCUCUGCCUCCUGUCUGCCCGUAGAGGUGCCCUCCUUGUCGGGAAGCAGGCUCGGCUCCGAGCCCCUCGAACCCAGUCCACCCAGCUCACACAGCUCGCUGCCAUCCACCACCACCACCAACGCCUCUGCCUCUAUCUCCGCCUCCGCCCCGGCCUCUGCUGCUGCCUCUUUUACUCUGGAAGAAGGCGGAGACAGCCUGUCCGAGUCAGCCAAUCACAUGCUGCCCCCACCAACUGCCAGUCUGGGAAACCUCUCGUCAUUGGACAUCACCAACGAUGAGGACCUGCCCACAGACCCCAGCAACUCGUCUGACACACAGGAAGAGAUUAAAUGUGACCUGAACCAAACUGAAAAGGUUCCCCGAUCAGCUGACACACCUACAAUCACCAAGCUGAGCGUGUUAUAUGGUGAGGUGGAGGCGUUCUGCGCUGACCUUAGCGGGCGGCUGCUCAUCAACACGGCGGUCCGCAUGAGCGUGGACAAACUGCAUGACCUGCUCUUCUCUGCUGACACGCACUUCAUCCAGCACCUCUUCUCCCAGCGACACUUCACUGACCUGUCGGUGGGUGACUGGCAGCAGGACGGCAGCAGUGGGAACACCAGCCGUGUGCUCAGCUACACCAUCGCCCUCAACAACCCCCUUGGCCCCAAGACCGCCCCUGUGGUGGAGACGCAGACGCUGCAGAAAAGCAGCGCCCGGGGCGAGUGCUACGUGGUGGACUCGGAGGUCAUCACCUCAGGCAUCCCAUACCAGGACUACUUCUACACCGUCCACAGAUACUGCCUCACCUCCAUCAACAAACACAAGAGCCGACUCAGAGUUUCCUCAGACAUCUGCUACAGGAAGCAGCCGUGGAGCCUGGUGAAGGCGCUGAUCGAAAAAAACACCUGGAGCGGCAUCGAAGAGUACUACAAACACAUGGAGAGCGAGGUGUGCAAGCUGGAGACACUCCUGCAGACUGAGGUUACCGUGGUGACCACAGGCGAAGCGGUGGGCGCCGACACCGCCAAGACCCCGCCGGGCUUGCGCCGCAGGAAACGCACAUGCUCGCGGCGGCAGGGCGAGAGGGAGCGAGAGAGGGAAGGAGGAGGAGUGGGUGCCGGAGACCGAGGGGACAGAGGAGUGGGAGAGGAGAGGGACACGAGAGAAGCCGGCUCUCAGUUUAUGAAGCUGGGGGAGCGAUCGCGUGGCGGCGGGCACAACAGCAUAUCCACCAUCCUCCUCAUCGUCAGCUUCAUUCUGGUGGUGCUGGUGGCGCUCAACAUGCUGCUGUUCUACAAGCUGUACGCUCUGGAAAGAGCCGCACAUACACUGGAGACGUGGCACUCCUACUCUGUUGCUGACAGUCCUUUGCCUCAGACAGCUGGGGAGUGGGCUCAGGUCCUGCAGCUGCAGAGGCAGUUUCAUCAGGCUCAGCUCAGCAAGUGGCAGCAGAUCCUGCAGUCCUCUGUCUCGCUGCUCGACCAGAUGAAGCAGUCUUUAGAGAAGCUCCACCAGGGCAUCGUGGUCCCAGAGGUCAAGCAGGACCCUCCUGCUGACGCGGAGUCCCUGACCGAGGCCUGAACCUCGCCUGCUCCGACUGCCCCCCUCCCAACCUCCGAAUCCGCAGAGAUUCGGAUCGUUUCCCGUUUGAACCCCGGUGAGAGAGGACGCCGCUCAGAACUCUCCUCGCCCGACUGACUUGAAACAGCGACGUUCACCUCGAGUGAACUCAGACUGGAAGCUUUCAGGACCACAGCAAUAAUUUCCCUGCAGCUGCAAGUCGACCGUGUGUGUGUGUGUGUGUGUGUGUCUGUGUGUGUGUGUGAGAGUGAGUGUGUGAGACGAGGCCACAGGUGGCCCCGUUCAGACCACCCGGUCGGCUGCAAUCUCCUUUAAUUCAGACCUCGACUAUCACAGACCGAACUUCCUCUUCUGACCUGCACCAUUUCAGAGGUUCACGUUUCGGGAAAGCGGGAGCGUCGAUCGACUCUCAGCGGACGAGAAAAAAGAGAGGACGAGGAACGCGCUCCCACUUCUCCCGGGCUCCGUCAGGGUUUUACGCCUUUUUCAAACUCGGUGCGUCCGACUGUUUCCUGGACCAUGACAGUAUUUAUUGUUGCCGCUGACUGUCUCGUCCUGCUCUGAAGAAGUCAUGUGAUGCCUGUUUCCUGCUCUGAUUUGCUGUUUUGUGUGUGGGCCAAGAGGGGCUCCACGAGAACGAUCACUGGCCCCAGCAAUAAUAGUGAUUCAUGUUCUGAAUGUUUCAAGCAGAGUAGUACAUAGAGCUAUAUAUAUAUAAUGGUAAUAAUGAACCGUGUGUGUGUGUGUGUGUGUGUGUGUGUGUGUGUGUGGGCAGCAGAGGACAUUUGGAGGUGAGAGACAGGCGUUCGUGUUAGUUUGUUUUUGAAGAUUUCUCUUUCAUGUUGGGUUCAGGUGGAAACUCUGAGCUCUCAUCAGUGACGGAGCGACUCCUGUGAGGACCAAGCAGACCUGUGAGGGUCCCGGAGAACAAAAAAAGGGAAUUUUUCUGGCAGUAUUGUUUUUCUGUGUGUGUGUUUGUACGAUUCAUUUUCUUUUUAUUCAGUUUUCAUCUUCCGUCUUUGAUUUUUGUCGUUAUUCGUCCUCCCCGCUCACUGGACCUGAAAACAUUUCACCCACCCGAGAGCUUCCUCUCUGGUUUUCUUUCCUGCUCUUCCUCACGCUCUCGUUCUCUUUCUCUCUCCAUUUCGCUUUGGAAAACGGCGUCUGCUGAAGCAUGCGGGCCCUGCUGUGCACGGCCAUGCGUGGAUAACAAAAGGAUGUAAUAUUUAUUAAAGGAGGGAGAGAGGGAUGAGGAGCAGAGAUGGGAAUGUACUGUAAAGAUGUGAUUGUACACCAUGCCAUGGAGAGAAAUGAAAAGCUCUAAACACGCAACAACGCCUCGCUUUUCUUUGAGUCUGUGUUUGUCUCCUUUGGCUUAAUCCAUUUUGGUUCACAAAUAAAGUUCCUGCAGUGUUCUCCAACCGAGGAAAACCUCCGUCAGUGCAGGUAGGACAUGUUGAAACAGGAAGCAGAGUCUUUCCCCGCACCAUGUCCAUCCCAUCCCGGGAAUAUCUGAGCUCCUGUGCUGAUGAUCGUUGAAAUAACACAGUCGUACAAACACAGUGAGGAUAAACCAGGCUGUGCUUUACUGUAAUGCCUCUUUGCAC